AUGGAGUUCCAAGAUGCUCAGAGAUUCGUGCUACGUGCUAUCGACGAGAUCAGCCAUACCUUCCAGAAACUCCCAGGCUCUGCCAUGCUCAUCCGCUACAUCCAGUCCAGCUACCAAGACGACCCCGUCCGUUCGGCCAUUGAGCUCAUCUUGGUUAUAUUCUUCGUGCGGUACCUCCUCGCACCCUCGUAUUCGACCCAUAAUGGGAACUUUGUGACCCUUUCUGAAGAGGAGAUUGACGACCUCGUUGACGAAUGGAUCCCUGAACCCCUUGUUGCUCCACAGACUUCCUUCGAGGAAGCUGAAAACGAGAAGCUACCAGUCAUAAUUGGACCUACAGGUCCUAAGUCCAAACUUUCCAACGGCCGAACAGUGACGAAUCUGGCAUCUUAUAACUUCUUUAACUUUGUCGGGAACGAGCAGGUAAAAGAAAAGGCGAUUCAGACCCUACGUACAUAUGGUGUUGGGCCUUGUGGGCCUCCCCAGUUCUACGGAACUCAAGACGUACACAUGAAGACCGAAGCGGAUAUUGCAUCUUGCCUUGGGACCGAGGGAUGCAUUAUAUAUGCCCAGGCGUUCUCUACUAUCUCUAGUGUCAUCCCUGCCUUUUGUAAGAGAGGUGACAUUAUUGUUGCAGACCGCGCUGUCAAUUACGCCAUUCGAAAGGGUCUCCAGAUCUGUAGGAGCACGAUAAGAUAUUAUGAGCACAAUGAUAUGGAGGAUCUAGAGCGCGUUCUGCAGAAGAUUGUGAAGGAGCAGUCCAAGAAACCAUUGACAAGAAGGUUUAUUGUGACCGAGGGAUUAUCCGAAACAGUUGGGGAUUGUGUCGAUCUACCAAAACUUGUUGAGCUCAAGCUUCGAUACAAGUUCCGGCUCAUGCUGGAUGAGACCUGGUCAUUUGGGGUUCUCGGUAGAACGGGCCGGGGUCUGACGGAAGCUCAGAAUGUGGAUGCUUCGCAGGUUGACAUGCUCGUCGGAUCUCUUGCCGGCCCUCUCUGUGCUGGCGGUGGCUUCUGUGCCGGCUCCACUGACGUGGUUGAGCAUCAGCGCAUUUCGGCUGCUUCAUACACCUUCUCUGCAGCUUUGCCAGCUAUGCUUGCCACCACCGCCAGCGAGACCCUCAAUAUGCUCCAGACGAACCCAGACAUUCUUGUUCAAUGCCGCGAGAAUAUCAGGGCUAUGCGAGCACAACUGGACCCCCGGAGUGAUUGGGUUCACUGCACAAGCUCUCCCGAAAAUCCAGUCAUGCUACUUGUCCUCAAGCCUGAUGUUAUCAAUUCACGACGAUUAAGUAUUGAGGAGCAAGAACGCAUUUUGCAGGAAUGCGUUGAUGAGGCACUCGCAAAUGGUGUGCUUAUUACUCGUCUCAAGAGUAUGCCAGUAGCCCCAAGCAGCAAUGGUAAAGACGAUGAAUGGAAGCUCCAACCCGCUCUCAAGGUUUGUAUUACUACUGGCCUUUCAAAAAAGGAGAUUGAGAAGGCAGGGGUAACAAUACGGCAUGCAAUUACGAAGGUCUUGACCAGGAAGACGAGCAGUAAGUUGGCCCUCCCAGCUACGAGUUAG